AUGGCAAAUCCUCAGCCCUCCGUCCACGACCUUUUCCAACGUCUCGAGACCGUCGGCCGCGGCGCAUACGGAUCUGUCCACAAGGGGAGGCACAUCCCCACCGGAAACAUCGUUGCUCUCAAAAUCAUCAACCUCGACACUCCCGAUGACGACGUCGCCGACAUUCAGCACGAGGUCGCCCUCCUUUCCCAGCUCCGCGACGCACCGAACAUCACAAAGUACUUUGGCUGCUUUAUGGAUGGCCCCCGUGUCUGGAUAGUCAUGGAGUUCGCCCAAGGAGGCAGUGUCCUGUCUCUCAUGAAGGCCUCCAAUGACGGUUGCAUCGAGGAAAAAUACGUCGCCGUUGUCAUCCGUGAAGUCCUUGUCGCUCUCAGCUAUCUGCACAAAAUACCCAUCAUCCACCGCGACAUGAAGGCCGCCAAUGUCCUUGUCACCGCGUCAGGCAAGGUCAUGCUUUGCGACUUUGGUGUAUCCGCACUCCUCGCUACAACCUCAAGCAAACGAAACACGCUCACAGGAACACCCUAUUGGAUGGCGCCUGAAGUCGUGCAGACGGUUCCAGCGUACGAUACGAAAGCCGACAUCUGGAGCUUGGGCAUUAUGAUAUACGAAAUGAUCAAGGGAACCCCGCCGCAUUCUAAUCUGGACAAGUUCCAGGUCAUGGACCUCAUUCCCCGGAUCAAGCCACCUCGACUAACCGAGCUCGAAGGGAGCAAGGACAUGAGGGAUUUUAUGUCGUUUUGUCUCAAAGAAUCUCCCGUCGAGCGUCUCUCCGCUGAUGAACUCGCAAAGACCAAGUGGAUCAAGACCAUUUCCAAGGUCGCUGUUUCGCUGUUAAAAGAUCUUCUAUUAAGGUUACAGCAAGCUGGUCCGCGCGCCAGUCUUAAUGAGCCUCUUGAUUGGGAAAACGAGAUCAACGGACCCAUCGAAGAACAUAGUUGGGAGUUUGAUACUGUUCGUGGAUCCUCCUUGAACUUUGAUUACGAGCAUUCAGGGGACUUCGGGGAACUUCUGGUGGAUCCAUCCAGUCAACCAACUAUACGUGCCCAUCCACCUACAAAUCUUCCAUCAUCUCUCCGUUCACUUUUUGAGGAUGCCCAUGAUCAGCCAGAGACUCAUGUGGCUUCUGAUCCUUCAGAAAAUCUAGCAUCACAUGUUCCCAGUACAUCUGCUCAAAGAUUGGUCAAAGCCAUCCUCACCUAUUAG